CGCGUGCGCAGUGCUGUUGACGCAAAAUGGCCUCUUCGCUGACCGGCAUGUUUUCGCACCCGCCACAGAAUGCGCCGCCACCGCCUCCACCUCCUCCUGGACCUGGACCCCAAGGACCGACAGCGGUCGGUCUCCCUGCGGCUCCGGCGCGGUCUCCUAGCACUCUGGUGGACGAGCUGGAGGCAUCGUUUGAGGCAUGCUUUGCAUCAUUGGUCAGUCAAGACUAUGUGAAUGGUACUGAUCAAGAAGAAAUUAGAACAGGUGUAGAGCAGUGCAUCCAAAGGUUUUUGGAUGUUGCCAGACAAACAGAAUGUUUUUUUCUCCAGAAGAGACUGCAGCUUGCUGUACAAAAACCUGAACAAGUCAUAAAAGAGGAUGUUUCUGAAUUGAAAAAUGAGCUACAGAGAAAGGAGGCUUUAAUCCAGAAACAUCUGAGCAAGCUGCGCCACUGGCAACAAGUCUUAGAAGAUAUUAGCGUCCAGCCCAAAAAAUCAGCAGAUCUAGCUCAAGGCCCUUUGGCCUAUCUUGAACAAGCAUCUGCAAAUAUCCCAGCUCCAUUAAAGCAAACUUGAAAAUUAUUGCAUAAACUAAGGUGUCUGGCACUUCUAACUGUUCUUCUAACACCACACCCACUGAUCCAAAUCUGCCUGCCCAUCAUAACACUUAAAGAUUUUUAUUGACAAUGAAGUUAAGUCAGCCAAGAAUAUAUUCAAAGAAUCCAGCUUCCAACAUUCAUUUAGGAACAGAAUUUCAAACACCAAACGGGACUAGAAACCAAAACAGUCCCAGUUGAUCUAUUUGGGGACAGAUUGCAUUAUUACAUAUACAGUAACUAAAUCACAUUUCGGUUACUGUUUGGAACUGCAAGGUAUAAAUUGCUAGUAGAGGCCUGUUCAGGUCACUCAUUCUCUGUAAGAAUAUUUUGUGAAACUGUUGCUGAAGUGGUUUUAUAUAAUAAAACUAUGUACAUAAUUUUAUGUAUUGCAAUUAAGUGUGAGGAAUUUCUACAGUCUUCAGAGCUAUUAAAAGAUGUUAUUGGAUUUUUUCUUGA